GACAGUACAAUGACAGUACAAUGACUGUAGAUCCGUCACAUUCAUGACAUAAUCCCGAGAGAGCGACGGUAUUGGGGCUGGUGAAGUGACUCGGGGAUAUAUCUGUAGAUCCUAGAGUUGCAGGGCAAUACAAGGAAGUUCAAGAAGUCCACACCUUUCACACCCUUUUGUCCGACACCCUUUCUUCCGACGUAAGCGGCACUCCGACCUCGCUCGUGCUACAUACAUACAGUAUGGAACCAGCCCCGCUCGCUCGUUCAACCUCCCGACGCUUUCCAUACGAUCAGAACCCCCCUCAUCACGCUUUUCCACCCGUGGCCGAAACGAAAUGCGUACCACCAUUCUCGUCGCCGCAGCGGCGGCCACUGCGAGCCUGGCUACCGGCGCUUCCCUGAGCCUCAAAGAAUACGCGACCGACACCUGCACGUCCGCCGCCAUCCUGGAGUCGGUGUAUAACGAACGAGCGUGCAUCUACUUCGGCGGACUCUAUGCCAGAGCCUCUUGCGCGAAUGGAACCCUCGCGCUGCAGAACUACGGUACCGAGGCCAAUUGUCUCAACCAGACAGCGCUCAUCAACACCACCGCACAAGCUGUUGAUACCUGUGUCGGAGGAACCAAGCUUUACUGUAACGCAAACACGUUAUCAACGCCGAACAAACCGCAGGCUCAAGAAGCGUGGAAGUUUUCGUUCGAAGCGUACUCCACUUUCGCAGAUUGCGGAGCCGGCAAUGUCGCAAAGGCAACGAGCACGGUCGCCCCAAAAAAAGUGAACUUUUGCUUCAACAGUACGCACGACGGACUGUCGACCUCAACGUUCUCCACGUGCGACUCGGCCCGCCAACAGAUUUGGGAGUACAACAAACCCGGGUGCCCUGAUGCGGACUUUGCGGGUAUUUCCUCCUACCUGAACAACCAGUGCUUGGCGAUGACAGCCAAUACGACUGCCGAGUCGGGAGUCUAUCGCUGCUCGAUUCCCGCCGCAGUUACGCUACCCGCCUUUCCUGGUUUGUCGGACUCGUCGGCUUCGUCUACUUCGUCUGCUUCACCUACUGCGUCUGCUUCGCCUGUCAGCGCCGCAUCUGCCUUGCGCCCGUCCCUUGUGGCUCUGCUUUCCCUGGUGAUUGUGUCUGCGGCUUCUCUCAUAUAGUGUAAACGACGCAGCACGAGUUCAGCGAGGGACUUGGCAGGCGGGAGGGAUAUGGAUGUAAGCUCCUCGGGAAACUCUACAAACCCAGCAACCUCCUGAAUUUGAAGGGCACAGAUGUGCAGGAGGCAGGUGGUCCUUGCAAAAUG